UUUCGACCUAAGAGGAUUCGACCACUUCGAACAAUCUUGCCGGGUAUUGCGUUCAAAUAGUUUAUUAUAUUCUGUAAUCAAAAAUAAGUAAAAUGCUUCAAAUACUAACUAAAAUUUCAACACUUCUUCCAAAAGAUGGUUAUAUAAACUGCAAAGCAAGUCGUGUAGCUAGUGCUUACUGGCGAAGACAUCAAUCUUCUGUCGCUGAUCCCGAUGCUCCUGUUGAAUUGGAAAAUCCGUUCGCCAAAGAACGUGUUCAAUGUAUUUUGUGUAAGCACAACAUUACGCCCGAUUACAAAAAUGUUCAGCUACUUUCACAGUUCCAAAGUUCGUACACCGGACGCAUAUAUGGCAAACAUAUAACUGGCUUAUGCAAAGCGCGUCAAGAUCAAGUGGAAGCAGAAAUUAUCAAAGCACAAAACGCAGGUUUUAUGCCAACUUAUCAUAAAGCAGUUGAGUUUCUCGAGGAUCCGAAGUUGUUCGAUCCAGAAAAACCGAUUCGGCCUCAUAAAUAUUGAAAUAUGUAAGGUUUAUGCUAGUUUGAAAUACACUAGUAGAAAAAGUUA